UGUAGAUUGUGACAAGUACAUAUAGACCCACCUUAUUCUUUUUCAUAGUUACAUAGUAUUCCAUUGUCUAUAGAUACCGUAGUAACCAGUCCUUUUGAGAGACAUUUAAGUUAUUUCAUAUGUUUUGCUGCUACAACCAGUUCUGCAACAAAUAUCCUUGUAGGUGGUUUUUGCCCAAAUGUGUAAGUAGAGAAUAAAUUUGUAGAUAUAAAAUUGCCCAAAGAGUAUGUUCAUUUUAAAAUUUUGGUAGAUAUUGACAAAUUCCCCUCCUUAGAGAUUAUACCAUUGUACAGUGUCACAAACAAUGUGCCUAUUUCUCAAGAUACUAUGUUUUAAUCAUUUGUUUCCUUUAGAGACACUAAAACACUUGCAAUGUAAUUCUUCUAUCUUUCCUUAAAUAUAUAAACAGGAGACGGAGCCUCAUUUUCUUAGGAAUUGGUCUAUUCACUCGUCAAACAUUUAUAUAGUACUUGUUCUAUGCCUGUACACUGCAUAUAUUACAGAUGAAAUGAUGGAAAGACGUGUAAACAGACACCAUAAUAAAACAGGAACAGGAUUUUAAUAGAGAUGUAAACACAGAGGAAGGAACCUCUGCUCUGAGGAGAUGAGAAAAGCUUCAUAGAGAUAGUGAUAUUUCAGCUGGAUCUUCUAGAAAGGAUGGGAAUUUGCCUUAAAGUAAAGAAUGUACUUUAAAGGAUAAAAAUUUAAAGAAGAAAGAUAAUAAAAGACACCAUAAACAGAAGGAACAGCUGUGCCAAAAAAAAGAAAAAAGACACCAAGACCUAGAAGUGUAUGACAUGUAUGGAAUGGUGUACCAACAUUCGACCAGGAGAGACUGGAAUGGAUGUAACAAGCCGCUGCACCCUUGGAGACCCCAACAAACUGCCAGAAGGGGUUCCCCAACCUGCCCGCAUGCCCUAUAUCUCAGACAAGCACCCUCGACAAACCUUGGAAGUGAUUAACCUUCUAAGAAAGCACCGGGAGCUAUGCGAUGUGGUGCUAGUUGUGGGCGCUAAGAAGAUAUAUGCCCAUCGAGUCAUUUUGUCAGCCUGUAGUCCCUACUUCCGAGCUAUGUUUACAGGAGAAUUGGCAGAGAGCCGUCAGACAGAAGUAGUGAUCCGAGACAUAGAUGAGAGGGCUAUGGAACUACUGAUUGACUUUGCGUAUACCUCCCAGAUAACUGUGGAAGAGGGCAAUGUUCAGACCCUUCUGCCAGCUGCUUGCCUCCUCCAGCUGGCAGAAAUACAGGAAGCCUGCUGUGAAUUCUUAAAGAGACAGUUAGAUCCUUCUAAUUGCCUGGGCAUUCGGGCUUUUGCUGACACACAUUCAUGUCGUGAGUUGCUAAGGAUAGCAGACAAGUUCACUCAACAUAACUUUCAAGAGGUGAUGGAAAGUGAAGAGUUCAUGUUGCUUCCAGCCAAUCAACUCAUUGAUAUAAUAUCUAGUGAUGAACUAAACGUUCGCAGUGAAGAACAGGUGUUCAAUGCAGUGAUGGCCUGGGUCAAAUACAGUAUUCAAGAAAGACGUCCUCAGUUACCCCAGGUGCUGCAGCAUGUUCGUCUGCCUUUGCUUAGUCCCAAGUUCCUGGUGGGCACCGUAGGCUCUGAUCCCCUCAUCAAAAGUGAUGAAGAAUGCAGAGACUUGGUAGAUGAAGCUAAAAACUAUCUCCUGUUGCCUCAAGAACGACCACUAAUGCAAGGACCAAGGACAAGACCACGGAAACCUAUCCGAUGUGGAGAAGUACUCUUUGCAGUUGGUGGUUGGUGCAGUGGAGAUGCCAUUUCCAGUGUUGAACGAUAUGAUCCACAGACCAAUGAAUGGCGAAUGGUAGCUUCAAUGAGCAAAAGGCGAUGUGGAGUUGGGGUCAGUGUUCUUGAUGACCUGUUAUACGCAGUAGGAGGCCAUGAUGGAUCCUCUUAUCUCAAUAGUGUUGAAAGAUAUGACCCCAAAACAAACCAGUGGAGCAGUGAUGUGGCCCCUACAAGCACCUGCAGGACAAGUGUUGGUGUGGCAGUGCUUGGAGGCUUUCUCUAUGCUGUAGGUGGCCAGGAUGGCGUGUCUUGCCUCAACAUUGUUGAGAGGUAUGAUCCAAAGGAAAACAAGUGGACCCGAGUGGCUUCUAUGAGUACCAGAAGACUAGGGGUGGCCGUGGCUGUGUUAGGAGGGUUCUUAUAUGCUGUAGGUGGCUCUGAUGGGACAUCUCCACUCAAUACAGUGGAGCGCUACAAUCCUCAGGAAAACAGAUGGCACACCAUAGCCCCUAUGGGGACCCGGAGGAAACACCUAGGCUGUGCAGUGUAUCAGGACAUGAUCUAUGCCGUAGGCGGUAGAGAUGACACUACAGAACUUAGCAGUGCUGAGAGAUACAACCCCAGAACUAACCAGUGGUCUCCUGUGGUGGCUAUGACAUCACGCCGUAGUGGAGUUGGCCUGGCAGUGGUGAAUGGACAGCUCAUGGCUGUGGGAGGUUUUGAUGGCACAACAUAUUUGAAGACCAUUGAAGUUUUUGAUCCUGAUGCCAAUACAUGGAGGUUAUAUGGCGGGAUGAAUUACCGUCGGCUAGGGGGUGGCGUAGGAGUUAUUAAAAUGACACAUUGUGAAUCCCAUAUAUGGUGAACAUCUAGAAGACAGUCAUGUACAUGCUCUUCUGUAUUCUGGAGAGCUUUGACUUUGGAGCUUUGUACAGCUCGAGAAAACAUUAGAACAAAUUUUAUUCUUUGCUGGUGCCUCAACAUAUGGAAAUACAAAUACAGUGAAAGUUCUCACCUGCAA